AUGGAGUCUGUCUUCGAAGGUACAACUCCAGAAGUCAAAGACUCUGCACCAGCAGUUAGCGUUUCUGAAAAGAAAAAAGCAAGCUCAGUUGCACCUGAAACAGCAAAAGACUCUCCUGUGGUGGACUCUCCUUCUCAAUCUACUUCCAAGUUCGACUCACAGAAAUUUGACUCUUCCAACUCUUCCUCCAGAAAUGAAGUCGAUGAAGUUUUGAAGGGUUCUCAAAAGGUCGACGAUCUUCUUAAUAAGGUUGUAGACGAAUCCGAGGAUGAAGAUGCUCAAAGAAUUCAGGAGAGCAAGGAUGAUGGCUGGGAGGAAGUAGAGAUUCCUAAAACCACGUCAUCCACGGCUGAAGCUGAAACGGAGUUGAAGGAAGAGCCAAAAGAAAAACCCAAGGAAGAGCCUAAGGAGGAAACCAAGCAGGAACCUAAAGAUGUAGUUCAAGAAGCUACGAAGGAUUCUGAAUCUAAGGAAGCUCAUAAGGAGGAAGUUCCUAAGGAGGAAGCUCCUAAAAAGGAUGCUCCUAAAGAAGAACUAAAGGACUCAUCAGAGGAAGAACCCAAAGUUGAGCUUAAGGUGGAAAGUAAGACUGAACCUAAACUUGAAGCAAAGAUUGAAGCCAAGGCCUCAGCAAGCGCUGGACAACCUACUUUGAGAGCUACGGUUGACAAGCUUGCGAAGCUUGUUGAGAGCUUAGAAAGUCACAUCGCUACAUUGGUCGAAGCCAACAUCGAGAAGAAUGAAAAAAUUGAGCUGUUGGAGCGUAAGGUCGAACAGCUUCUCAAGAAAUAG